UGUGCAAAUUCGUUUCAAGAAAGCUAUUUGCCAUCAACUGAAGAAUUAGAUCAAAUUACUAACUCACGGGUUCCAGUAAACAUUAUGAAAUCUAUUGAGAAAUGGGUUAAUAUACUUAAGAAUUGGUAUAAAAAAGUUGGAUACAAUUAUGAUAUUGAAACUAUAACUGACAAGUCUCAACUUGAACGGGAGAUGCAAGAAUUUAUAGUUGGUAAUACAUUAGAUGGCAAAAUGAAACAGUUGAAACGAAAUGGAAUUAUUCCACAACAUCAUGAUCCAUUAACUGAAGAAGAAACUUCUUUUAUAUUUAAUCAUCCAAACGUAUCAGCAUUACAUGCUCAAGAGUUACAAUAUCGAGUAUUUAUAUGGAUGUGCAUGCUUUGUGCACUACAGGGUGGUGAGCACAGCCAAAUGAAAAUUUCACAAUUUAAAUUUCUUUCUGACGGUGUAAUUAUUUUUACAAAAUGGUCCCAAAAAAAUGAUCAAGAAGGAUUAGAUGAUAAUGGCCAUACCACUUCAAUUACACAUUUAUAUCAACUUGAAAUGCCUAAUUCAACUUUAAUGUCAAUCACUGGACAUAAGAGUGAAAGCUCUGUUAGAAUUUAUUCACACUCUUCUGCACAACAAAAAAAAGAUUGUUUAUCCACAAUAAUUAAUUCAAGCAUUAGUAAUAUUAAGAAUAAUUCAAACAUACAAACAAUUGAGCCAAAUAAUCAAGAUAAUGAAGAUCAAACAAUUGAACUGAAUAAUCAAGAUAAUAAAGAUCUGAAUAAGCAAAACAUACAAAUUAUUAAACAAAGUAAUCAAGAUGCUACAAACUUGAUUAAUCAUGCUUUUCAAACCCAUGCACCAUUAUCAAAUAUUCAAAUUAACUCUAUUCCUCCAACCGAUCCUGGUAUUUAUG